AUGAAGGGGAAACCACAAAUUGAGACCAAUAAUGUGUUCGAUAUAUUGCAGAAAGCAAGCUAAAAUUUGAAGACAUAAAAAUUGGAUCUCAUAAAUUCUGUUAGAAACAUGUCAAGUAAAUCAAAUUCAAAUGGUAAUAUAUUUGGGAAGGAAUUCUUAAAGUAAUAAUUUUGUAAGGAGAACCAGCAAAAGAAGAAACAGAUGUCAAAUCUAGAGUUAGUGGCAGCAAUGUAGAAGUAUAAUUAAUUGUUACAACAAAAACGAGACACUCCUACUAGAAAUUAUUCAAAAAGUUAAUCACUGUUAAAUCAACUUGUCACUAAAGUAACUCCAAACUUAGAACUUAAUAUGUUUAAAUCAUCAUAAAGAUCCCCUAUGAGUACAGAUGUAAGACCUUAAACAUCUGACUUGAAAGCUCCUACUUCUGUACAGCACAAAAGAUAAUAAUCAAUAGGUUCCAAAGAUUAAAAUUACAAGAAAUUAUAUAAUGCGAUGUUAUAGAAACCUAAAAAGGCUUAAUCACAUUAAACUACUCCAUAACAUUCCAGAUAAUUAUCAUUGUAGCAACCAUAAUAAUAAUUAUCUAAUAGAGAAUCGAAAUAUUUUGAAAGUAUUAAAUUCAAUAAGGAAAACAAAGAGAAUAGUUAAUUUCAAUAUUAUUUGGGAAAAAUUAGAUAAGUUUUUACUCGCCCUCUAAGAGAUGAUUAUUUUAGUUGCAUUUAUAGAGAACAUUUUUUUCAAACUUAUUAAGGAAUUUAUGUUGCUUCUUAUCUUAGACCAGUUGAUCCUAAUGAUUUAAAAAAAAAAGUAGUUCAAUUGAAAUAAAAAGAUAAAUAUAGAAGUAUUAAUAAUUAUAUUUAAAUUAGAUAAAAUCUCUUUAAUUUUUGAUUUAGAUGAAACAUUAGUACAUUGUAAUGAAUCGCUGUUAUAAAAAUCUGAUAUUGUUUUAAAUAUCUAAGUAGGUCCAAAUGAAAUAGUUAAAGCAGGAGUUAAUAUACGUCCUGGAGCUAUAGAACUUUUAGAAUCCUUAGUUGAUGAUUUUGAAAUAAUAGUAUUUACAGCAUCACAUUCAUGUUAUGCUCAAUAAGUCUUAGAUUAUUUGGAUCCAGAUAACAAAUUGAUUUCUCAUCGACUUUUUAGAGAUAAUUGUAUAAUGACAACAGGAGGAAUGUAUACUAAGGAUUUGAGAAUUUUUGAUAGACAAUUGAGUUAAAUUGUUUUGAUUGAUAAUGCUGCAUAUAGUUAUGCGUGGUAAUUAGAUAAUGGAAUUCCUAUUGUUCCUUUUUACGAUAAUAAAGAUGAUAGAGAGUUAUGGGGUUUACAAAAUUAUUUAUAUGGAAUGAUUGGCAUUUCAGAUGUUAGAGAAUAUAAUAGGUAAAUUAUAUUUACUUUAAUAUUAGAGAGAAAUUAAAAUUAAAUUAAUUUUUUGAUUCCCAAGGACCUGCAAGUGUAUUUGAAAAAAUCUUCUAAUAGAAAAUUGAAAUAUGA